AAGUGAUUGAUGGUGAAAAUUGGAGCGUUAUGUGUUCUCUUAACGGGGUGGUUUCGUUGGUGUCUGAAUUGAACAAAUUUUCUCAUGGUUGUCUGAGACAUGGAUCAAACCAGCACCAUGGAAGAAGUGUCUGGAGUAAAGCAAGCAGAAGACAAUAAAGAAAAGCUUUUUUGCAUCUGCAAGACACCAGAUGAUGGCGGGUUUUAUCUGGGUUGUGACAGCUGCCAAGGAUGGUUUCAUCCAGCCUGUCUGGGCGUGGCCAAGGAAGACAUUAAGAAAGAUGACACUUGGCAUUGUAAUGAAUGUAAAUCAGUAAAUACAACAUCCUCAGCAGAGAAAGGGGCUAACAAACAUGAAUGGCCGACUGGACCAUUCAUGAUCCCAGUCACUGAGCAGCCCAAUGAGGCCACUGAAACCCCAGACCUUCCUGAGCUACCAGAUCUUGGGGAUGAACUGGCUGGUGACCUUAACCUUGAGGGCCAAAUUGGUCAUCAAGGGGAAGGGGCAGGGAACCAGGGAUAUACCAACAACCAAACAAAUGAACUCAAAUCAGGAGAAGAUAUGGAGAUGGAAGGACAAACUGCGGAGGAUAACAGAGAAGGAAUGGCUAGGCGGUCCAGACGGGAACGUUGUUCAUGCCCAAACUGUGUCUUAGACAGGAAAAGGAGAGACAUCACUAUUGGUCCUAGGGAGCACAUCUGCCAUGUUCCUAACUGUGGUCAGAUCUUCAGUAAGACGUCCCACCUCAAGCUUCACCUAAGGUCACACUCAGGCCAGUUGCAGUAUGCCUGUGACUGGCCCUUGUGUGGCAGUAGUUUCAGACGUUCUGAUGAAUUACAGAGACAUUACAGAACCCACACAGCGAGAUGCCGCAAACCCAGAGCUGCUGCUGCUGCUGCCUCCGCUAAGAAAGUGACAGGGGAAUUGCCACACGUCUGUGAUUGGCCGCUCUGUGGGCGGGGCUUCAAACGGGCGGACAAACUCCAGAGACACUACCGGACUCACACAGGUGAGAGAAAGUACCAGUGUAAAUUGUGUAUGAAGAGGUUUCUGCGAAGUGACCACCUGUCGAAACACAUCAAGACACACAAUAACAAGAAAGCUAAGGGGAGGCGGAAACACAGUGCAACAUCUCAGGAGGAUGUGUUGGAAGAUGGAACAUUGCCUGUUGCUGGAGAAUCAUCCGAGAAAGUUGAGUGCAACCAGCAGUCAUUGACCAAAAAGAACAGUGGUCAGAAGAGAAUACAAAGACAGCCCUGUAGUUGUCCCUACUGCACAAUGGAAGGCAGAGAGAGAAAACCAGGUGAUCCUGCAUUGCCCAUCGGGCCAAAGAAACACUUGUGUCAUAUUGAAGGAUGUGGCAAGGCCUUUGCCAAGACCUCCCAUCUCAAAGCUCACAUCAGGGGCCACACUGGGGAGAAGCCCUACAUCUGUACCUGGACAGGUUGCAGUCGACGCUUCACACGGUCAGAUGAAUUACAACGACACUCCAGGACGCAUACAGGUGAGAAGCGAUUCUCAUGUCCGGAGUGUCCAAUGAGCUUUAUGCGCAGUGAUCACCUCUCUAAGCAUGUCCGCACCCACGACAACAAGAAGAUACGAGAGCUGUCCAAUAUGGAUCGAGGAGAGAAGCGUUACCCCUGCCCAGAUUGUGGCAAGCGUUUCUGGCGCAAGGACCACCUCAAGAAACACUCCAACACCCACAUCAAGAAAGGCGAUGAAGAGGGCUCCCUCCCAGUUAAGAUUGAAAUUAUAAACCCUGCAUCAUCGGCUUCCACGAGAGACACAGUGCCCCCAGUGCCCCCAGUAGUAACAAUGGACAGUACACACCAGGCUCUGCCAACAAUGGCGCAGGCCACUGUUCCCGACCCAAAUCUCCUUCAGAAUCUUGAUCUUACCCCAAAAGCCUAAAAUCCAGUUUAUUCCUUUUGCAGCUACAGUAAAUGUGCAUUGCAAACUAAAUUGUUUGACUUGCACAUCCACGCCAUGGAGCAUGUUUCACAUUUGCACAAAAGAGUGCUUUGAAUUCAUUCUUUUUUUUUCUUGACUACAAACCAGUUUUAAAGACAUAUACCUGUAUAUGUACCGCUACAUCACAAUUUGCAAACAUUUUUGCCAUGUUAUUAUCUGAUCCCAAGUAGCCAUCCUCAAUAUUCGAUACAGUCUCAAAAAGUAUUUCACCCAGCAAACAAGUUCACUGGCCAUUAUUGAUGACUAUACAUGUACCACACAAUUUUUAGUAUAUUUCAAAUAUGUAUAGGAAUAUCUCAAAUUUUAAGAGCAUUUAGGGUAAAACGAUUUAUUCUAAAAGGUCAAAUUCUGAAUGUCGAAUACAUUUACUUUCUCAUGUUCUUGGACAUCAACUAUUUAAAAUUUGUGCUGUUGCUUUUUGAAGUACUGUUUAUAUGAUAUUCAUAUUAAGGUUAAGACUCCUUUCAAGUAAUGUAUUUUAUAUUUUCAUCGCAAGAUUUUUUUUAUUGAUUAUAAACAUUUAUAGUUAUUUCAAAUUGGAAAGGUAUUGUUUAUAAACGUUGUAGUCACAUUGACCUUUGCAUAUUUAAUUGGACUUGGAUUCUUUUUUGCCUUUUAGAUCUUGCGCCUAAAACAUAACAGUACACAGAACAAUAAACCCUUAUUACCACAGCAAUUAGUUAAUGAGGCUGGAUAAAACCUGUCAUAGCCUUGUUGUAGAAAAUCUGAGAAAUUUCAUUUAUCAUAAUUAUUCAUUUUAGCCCCGUGCUAGACCAUGUUCAAAUCAAUUAUUUCUUGUACAGGGCUUUUUUGGAAUCACACACUCGCAAAUAGCCUCAGACAAUAUCCAUUAGCUUUUGUCUUGGUUAUUGACCAUACUUGUAAACAUUGACAUCGAUGUUUGUGUUAGCAGUCAAUUGAUGACCCCUGCAGGCCAAAUCAAAUGCUGUGUUGAUUUUGCUUGAUCCAUAAAACAAGUAUUUGGUUUCUAUUCUUGGUGUCUGGCAACCUGAUAGGCAAUAGCCUCAAGGCUUCUGUUGCCUUAGUUGCUAUGGCCUGUCAUGCCUUGCAUCACUGCCAGUUGAUUGGCUUAGUUGGCAAGCACUUAUACACUUUUGCAUAUAAUGUAUCAAAUUUUUAAAUAAAAGACCAUUUAAGAGAAUCACUGCAGAGUUCCCUGCAACCUUGUAAGUUACUCUGUCACUUUCAACGUGUAACUUUGUGACUCUUCAUGUCUCCUAACUCACCACUUAAAGCAACUUUUCGAAGCAACAAGUCAAAGGAAUUGAAACGAACCCUGCUUGGUAGAUUAAUAGGCCAUCUUUUUCGUUCCUAGAGUAAGAUGCAGUUAAAUUUGUACCUGCAAAUUGGAACUUUAGUGAACUAGUUAUGGUUGAUUUGCAUGAGUGAUUUGAAUGCAGCUUCAAAAUAUUUUUUUUCUAUGUUUUAUGUUUUCAUGAUCUCAGCUUCCUAUGCUAUAACCACUGAAGUAUCUGGGCAUUAAAAGUGUACAAUUUUUUGUUUAUUGAUGUUAUUUGUGUUUUUUUAUGGACAGUUAUAAUUACAUAGAUUUGAUGGUGUAAAGCACUGUCCUAGUAAGGGGAAUUUCAAGUCCAAAAAAGUGCAACAUACCUUUAUCCCUGGAUGGGGAUGUCACUUCCCCCCCCAGAUGAAAUUUUAAUAACUUUUUGAAAUUGUAACUUAUGUCAAAGAUGCCCCUGCUGACUGUAACUUCCAAAACUUGUACACUGUUGCCCAAGUGAGACAAGUUUUUGUACAAGAAUUUACAAAUUUGGGGAAUUUAUUUCAGAGGACAGCAUUGUUUGUGACUUUUCUCUAGUAUUUGUAUCAUGAACAUUUACUUUGGACAAUUGCACUUAAAAAACAGGAUUGCUUUCUCAUUCUGUGUGCUUUUCUAGUCACCAUUGUGGAACAGAUGAAUGUCUAAAAUAGGUUACGUGUUUAAAACAAAGAACUUGUCUGAAAAGAUGUGAUGCCACAGUUUUUUGGAAGAUCUUUUUAUGGGGCCUUAUCGGUGUCUUUUCAUGAGCUUUUUCCCUCAUAUGUUAGCUUUUGUCAAUGUACUUGAUGGAUGUAUUAUAUUGUAUAAAGCAUAAUUCCUACAGACUUAUCCAGUAUAUGCCCAGCUUCCCUGCACAAAAUGCUCCAUGGUCUAAUCUGCUCGUAAGUUGAUUCAUAACACUGAUAUUGGUUUUGGCUAAGAUACUGUUACUUUUCUUAGAAAUUGAUCUAAUACUUUAAGUGUCAAAUUUAGUAUUUUAUUUGUGUACAAAUGUUAAAAUAGUCCCACAUACUGGUAUUUGUACUAUUCUUAAAAACAUUGUAAAAAUGUGUAGUAAUGUAAGGCAGUGUAUUAACACAUCUCUCAUACAGCAGCCAUCUUGGUCUUACAUCCAGCCAUCCUGGUAAAUGGCAGAUGACUUGGUGUUAGGGAACCAGUCUGUUGAUCAAGCAAGGCUCUCUGUGUUGAACUUCCUGGCAUGUGCCUGGGGAGUCGACACAGUACAUGCAGUAUCCAGUUUGUAAGUGUUUUCAGUUUAAACCACACUGCACAUGCAGAUACGCGAUCAUCGCAGGUACAUUAGUUCACGGUAAAUUGCCAUUAUUUUCUCUUUUGAUUUUACAUGUCGAGUCAUCCUGAAAGAUUCUUCCACAAAAAUUUGCAG